UGUGUGUGAGGAGAGAGAGAGGAGAGUACUCCCAGCGCAGUCUGAUCAGUGGUUCUGUCUCCUUCUUGCUCUGUGGAUUACAGCUGCCACUGCUUACUGGAUUCUCCUUCUCAUUACUGGAAACUACCACUGAACCUGUAUAGAGGAUUUUUAUUGGAGUAUUAGAAGUUUUGACAGCAGUUGGUUUAAUACAAGUGUUAGGUGGAUUUUUGCACUUAUUUCAAAGUGUUCAUUAGAGUGUUCAUUAGAGUCUGGAGAUGAAUGGUCGUUCCUUGCCGCCCUCUAUACCUGAGGAUAGGGAGGCCCUGGACCAUUUUCCUCAUGAGGAGAUGAACGGUUACCACCAAAGGCUUCAGGGUGGGGACGUGGGAGAGGCUGAAGUCCCGGUGUCCAAGUCCCAGAGGAGGAAGAGCGAUGUUAAAGUCUAUAAGGAGUUUUGUGAUUUUUACGCUCGCUUCAACAUGGCCAAUGCUCUGGCCAAUGCCAUGUGUGAGCGCUGCAAGAGUGGCUUUGCCCCAGCAGAGAAGAUAGUGAACAGUAAUGGGGAACUUUACCACGAGCAGUGCUUUGUGUGUGCCCAGUGUUUCCAACAGUUCCCAGAGGGACUCUUCUAUGAGUUUGAAGGCAGGAAAUACUGUGAACAUGACUUCCAGAUGCUGUUUGCUCCCUGCUGCCACCAGUGUGGUGAGUUCAUCAUCGGCCGUGUGAUCAAGGCCAUGAACAACAGCUGGCAUCCGGACUGUUUCUGCUGUGAUAUCUGCCAGGCCGUGUUAGCCGAUGUUGGUUUUGUGAAGAAUGCUGGAAGGCAUCUGUGUCGUCCAUGCCACAACAGAGAGAAAGCUCGGGGCCUUGGCAAGUACAUCUGCCAGAAGUGUCACGCUAUCAUUGACGAGCAGCCUCUGCUGUUCAAGAAUGACCCCUACCACCCUGAUCACUUCAACUGCAACAACUGCGGUAAGGAGCUAACUGCUGAUGCCAGGGAGCUGAAGGGGGAGCUCUACUGUCUGCCCUGCCAUGACAAGAUGGGUGUCCCGAUCUGCGGGGCCUGUAGGAGACCAAUCGAGGGCCGUGUGGUCAAUGCCAUGGGCAAGCAGUGGCAUGUGGAGCAUCAUGUGUGCACUGUGUGUGAGCGCCCAUUUCAGGGCCACCCGUUUUAUGAGCGAGGUGGUCAUGCCUAUUGUGAGAGACACUUUGACAUGCUGUUUGGAGAUGUUUGCUACCAUUGCAACCGUGUGAUUGAAGGAGAUGUGGUGUCUGCUCUUAACAAGGCUUGGUGUGUCAACUGUUUUGCCUGCUCUACCUGCAACACCAAGCUCACCCUCAAGGAUAAGUUUGUGGAGGUGGAUCUGAAGCCGGUGUGUAAACACUGUUACGAACGCCUGCCAGACGACAUGAAACGCCGGCUGGCCAAGCGUGAGCGUGACUCAAAAGAGAAGAAGAAGAAAUUGAUACCCAUGUGUCUGUGAUCCUCUCUUUCUCCUUUCUCUUCAUUUCCAUUGUUCUUCCUUUGGAACAAGUUUGUGGAGUUUGACAUGAAGCCAGUAUGCAAGAAGUGCUAUGAGAAAUUCCCUCUGGAGCUGAAGAAGAGACUGAAGAAGCUCUCUGAAACUGUUGCACGGAAGUAAACAUACAUUCAAGCCGCAGUAGGGAGGGAAAGAUGAGACCGUGAGGUGGUCACAUUUCCAGAAUUGACAAUCAUAUUAGAUAUAAUUAGUCUGUUUUAUAUUGUUGUUAUUUUAAAUUUAGCUUUGUUAUUUCAGUGGAACACUCCUGUCCUUUCAGUUGCAGCUGCUAAGCACUGAGGAUCAUUUCAAGAGCCUGAAACUAACUGAUUGUUGGUCAUUCAAUUGGUAGGUUCAACUUUAACCUGUUUUGAUCCUUUUGGCUCAAAUACUGCACUGUACAUUUUUCAUAUGCUUGCCUUAUUUCACUGCGAUGGCCUUCGUUAAUAAAAUGAAAUAAAAAAAUAUAGUAUAAACAGAAACAUACACAAUGAUGGUCCUGUAUUAUAAUAAUAACAUGAGCUUUAAGAGAACAUUGAAACAUGGGGAUAAUAUAAUUACUCACAAGCUGUGUUGACAGUUUGAUCAACUGUUUGCAAACUUGUGUCUUGAUGCCAAAAAACUGUUUCCUGUUUGACUUAUGUUACUGAUACUCUUUUAUAAUAGAGUAAACCUAAACAAAGCUAUAAAAAAUGCAGGUGUACUGAAUGUGUAUAUAAUAUCUCUUCCACCAACAUGUAUUAUUUUAUGUGUUACUAAUGUAUUUUCUGUAAUGUUAUGCAAAUCAAGUUAGUGUUUUAUAAAAUUCGAUUUUUUUUCCCCAUAAACUGUUGACAUCAUACUGUAGCCUCCUUAAUACUACAGUGAUGGACUCAGCCAUCACCUGCAGUAUGUUCGGUUGCCUUGCUACAUACUAUGCAUUUUAUGUGUGAAACAAUCUCUAAAAUUGGUAUUUAUACUGAGUUACCAGUUCAUUAGCUUCACUUGUACAUUCUAAAAUAAUCCAGUAUAACCUCCCUGGAAUAAAUCACAAGUUAAUAAUGAUCAGUUUUUAUCUACCACCAUUUACAGUAAAUACACAAGGGUGACAGAAUAGCUGAAACACCUUUAAAAGUAAUGCAGAGUCAACACCUCUGACACGCUGCCAGCAAAUACUGAACGCCCUAACAUCACAGUGACAGCUUUUACUGCAUGACAGGUGGUUACUGUGUCUGUGUGUUAAAACAUGAUGGCUUGUGACAUGUGCAGAGACCGGAUGUUGGAUGUUAUAACGUGUCUCUGUUUGCUUGUAAUCCAGAGAAAGUGAUCCUCUUAGGGAGGUGUACUGACUUCCUCAGGGCUCAGACCCUCUUAGGAAAAAAAAGCAAGUGUUGUGAAUGGGAAAGAAUAAUUUCUGUUUUCACAAAUUUUCACUCAAGCAAUAUUUUAUCACAGAAAACUCAUCUAAUGCAUAUUAGUUUGAUAGAAAGACACAUUCCACUAUUUUAUGGAAAUACAAAGCCUAUGUUACUGUUGUGAAUUUCACUGCCUAAGCCACAUUUUUCAUGUCAUGUAGAAGUAAAACCAUCCAUUGGACUUUGUUGUGAAGCAGAAUUUCAGCUCCACUAAAAAUAGUCCAGCAGAUAGUUGCAUUUGAUAUCUUACUACCUGGGUGAAUGAGAUGACUCUACUGCUCUUAUAUUGUAUUUUAUCUUCACAAUGCUUGUCAAGAGACAAUAUUUCUCCAUGUAACCACACCAAAGUGCAUGCUCUAGACUUGAAUGGAAAGUUAUUUUUCAGUAUAGCUAAGAUAAUUCUGUCAAUUCAUCUGAAUAAACUUGUACAUCAAUGCUA